GAGCCGGAAGCCGUCGACCGAGCCAGUAUGUUGCCCUCCGCGGGCCGCAGUGCAUCAUGCUCCGUGGCCCCUGCCGCAUCUUCAGGGUCUCCGUGGCACCCGUCGCGGCCCUGGCUGUGGCGCUGGUCUCGUCGCUCUCUCGCUGCUCCCUCCUGGAGCCGGAAGACCGUGUAGUCUCGCCGCUCAGUCCCUACUUCGGCACCAAGACUCGUUACGAGGAUGCCAACCCCGGGCUGCUGCCGGACCCCGAGGCGCCACGGCGGGACCCACAGCUUUUGGAGGAGACCUGCACCCCGGUACAGCUGGUCGCCCUCAUCCGCCACGGCACCCGCUACCCGACCACCAAACAGAUCCGCAAGCUGCGGCAGCUGCACGGACUGCUGCAGGCCCGCGGGCCCGGGGAUGACCGGACCCGCGCUGCCGGCGGCGGCGACCUGGGCGCUGCGCUGGCCGACUGGCCGCUGUGGUACGCGGACUGGAUGGAUGGGCAGCUGGUGGAGAAGGGGCGGCAGGACAUGCGACAGCUGGCCCUGCGCCUGGCCUCCCUUUUCCCGGUCCUCUUCAGCCGAGAGAACUGCGGCCGCCUGCAGCUAGUCACCAGCUCCAAACACCGCUGCGUGGACAGCGGCGCCGCCUUCCUGCAGGGACUGUGGCAGCACUACCACCCUGGGUUACCGCCGCCCGACGUCGCAGACAUGGAGUGUGGACCUCCAAGAAUUAAUGAUAAAUUAAUGAGGUUCUUUGAUCAUUGUGAGAAGUUUUUAACUCAAGUGGAAAGGAAUGCUACGGCUCUUUAUCAUGUAGAAGCCUUCAAAACUGGACCAGAAAUGCAAAACAUUUUAAAAAAAGUUGCAGGUAUUUUGCAAGUGCCAGUCAACAACUUAAAUGCAGAUUUAAUUCAGGUAGCUUUUUUCACCUGUUCAUUUGACCUGGCAAUUAAAGGUGUUAAAUCUCCUUGGUGUGAUGUUUUUGACAUAGAUGAUGCAAAGGUUUUAGAAUAUUUAAAUGAUCUGAAACAAUAUUGGAAAAGAGGAUAUGGGUAUACCAUUAAUAGUCAAUCCAGCUGCACCCUGUUUCAGGAUAUCUUUCAGCACUUGGACAAAGCAGUUGAACAGAAACAAAGUUCUCAACCAAUUUCCUCUCCAGUCAUCCUUCAGUUUGGUCAUGCAGAGACCCUUCUUCCACUGCUUUCUCUCAUGGGCUACUUCAAAGACAAGGAGCCCCUAACAGCUUACAAUUACAGGGAGCAAAUGCAUCGGAAGUUCCGAAGUGGUCACAUUGUACCCUAUGCCUCAAACCUAAUAUUUGUGCUUUACCAUUGUAAAAAUGCUAAGACUCCUAAGGAAGAAUUCCAAGUGCAGAUGUUACUGAAUGAAAAGGUGUUACCAUUGGCUCACACACAAGAAACUGUUUCUUUGUAUGAAGAUCUGAAGAACCACUACAAGGACAUCCUUCAGAGUUGUCACACCAGUGAAGAAUGUGAACUACCAAAGGUGAACACAUCUGAUGAGUUAUGAGUAACUGGAAAACAUUUUUAAUUCAUCAGGAAUCUCCAGGGAGUGAUCCCAUGCUUGGAAUAGGUGGGCAAUCCCUGGCUACAGCAAGCUUUAACAUUACUUGGGUAUUUCUGUCUUUUCAAAGAAAAACGUUUCUUUUUGAGUCUGGACAUGGAUGUGUAAGAAAUGAUUCUUCACUGGAGCAGGUCUCUUAAGGGAAAAUAAUCUGUUCAAAAAGAUAACUGGCACUACAAACAUUUACAGAAGUUAAAUAUUUAUGUAAGAAAACUCACACUGGGCUUCCCUGGUGGCGCAGUGGUUGGGAGUCCGCCUGCCGAUGCAGGGGACGCGGGUUCGUGCCCCGGUCCAGGAAGAUCCCACAUGCCACGGAGCGGCUGGGCCCGUGAGCCAUGGCCGCUGAGCCUGUGCGUCCGGAGCCUGUGCUCCGCAACGGGAGAGGCCACAACAGUGAGAGGCCCACGUACCGCAAAAAAAAACAAACAAACUCACACUCAGAGUAUGAUGUCAGGAUGAUACUUGAAAGUUGGAGUAACAAAGUAUUAUAUCAGUUGGACAAUCCAUAACUUGAUUGGACUAAGUCUAGGAACUUUACCAGUUGUGCUGCAGUUCUUUCUCUUUUCCUCAGGUAGCACAGUUCUGGUAUCAUCUUUCUUAAUCAGAACUAUUAUGAUUCACUGGGAGUAUCGCUUUGAAAGAAAGCUAACAUCUCUCUAGUUGAGAAUUCGAAACAAUAUUAAUAAACAGAGUCUGAUUUAAAAGAUCACCUUCACUGAAGGAAGACAAAAACAUAAUAAAAUAAAUAUCUUUGUUAAUAGUAUUCAUAAAGUAUUUGAACACUGUUUCAAUAAUUCCUUUUAACCUCCUAGUAAGUCUUGCAAGGCCAUUCUUUAAUUAUUAUCAUGCCUGUUUCACAUAUGUAACAGUGGAAGAACAAAGAGGACCAUUGGCAACAAGACAGAAGAAUAGAAUCAAAGUUUCUUAAAUCCAUUGCUUAGCAUUUUUUUAAAAAUUUUGUCAUUUUUGCUUGUAUUUUUAUAUUUUGCUAUUAUGUGAAAUAUCUUUUGAUGGUUUAGUUUCCUUUUUGUUCAUUUUUGUAAAGAAAGACAUCCUACUGGUGGGCUUAGUUUCACAGAUAUGAACCCAUUUCAAAGAAAUGGUUCUGAGCUCUGUCAAAUGCCAGGAAAAUGUUUGCUAUAAUAAUAAACAGAAUUCCUGUGACUUUACUACCAGGUCUUUUCUGCUCUCCAUAUUGAUACACAAUCAGUAACUGAUGGUAACAGGCUAGCAUUUCAAGCAGCUUUGACUAAAUCAGGCAAUAUAAGGGAAUUUUUUUCUAAUAGAAGUUUCCUCAGAUUUUCACUUCUUAAAGAAAAAUUGAAAUCUAUUUUAUUAAAAAUCUAAAUAAAAAGUGAUAACAACUAUAUAUUGAAAGUAUAAAAGAAGAUGUGUAGAUCGUUGGUCUGUAGAUCAUUGAUCUUCAAAUGAAUGAUGUUCAUAAAAUAGAUGAUUAGCUGAUAAAUACUACUGAUGCAUCAAUACACUGCUGAUUGUUCCUGCAAAGGUCUGGUAUUAAUCUUUUUCUUUUUUUUAAUUUGUAAGUAGGCAGACAAGAAGAGAACAGUAUGAUGAGCAUUCAUGCCCAUCAUACUGUUUUAUCAAAAUUAACAUUAUAUCAUUCGGUUUAGAUCCAAAUAAGAAGAAUUGAGGACUUUUGUAUGCCUCCCUGGUGCUUUUGCCCUCACUCCCUGCCUAGAGGUAGCCACCAACAUGAAGUUCAGUAUUUACCACUCCAUUGCAUGCUUGACUCUGAAAACUUGUAGUAUUGUUGUGGGAAUUUAAAAUUUUCUAUAAAUGGACUUAUACUGUGCGUAUCAUUCUUGAAUAAUUGAUUUCUUUUAAUUGCUGUAUUUGUUUUUCAAGACUUCUUGAUCCUGAUCACUUGUCUUAAAUUAACACCAUCAGUUCAUCAAUACCUGUUGUGUACUUUUUAUGUACAAACACUAGACUCAGUCUAUGGGCAUGUUAAAAUGGAAUGAACCUAGUUUUUCUUUCAAGGGGGUUAUCUUAAAAGACCUUAAAACAAAUUUACUUGAUGUCUGGAACAUUAAAUAAUUUGAUUCAUAAACUUUUCAUAGACUAUUAAAGUUUUAUAGGAAUUGUUUAAUUUAUUGUUAAAUAGGACUAUAUAGUUAUCAUUGUAGUCAUUGGUAUGUAAAAUAUUUCAGGACAAAGGGUAAGUGUGGUCCAUUUUCCCUAAUGUUACAGAGGUUGUGACAUUACUCUGGUGCUAUUAUUCUCACUUAGGAAAUGCCUGAAACUGAAGAAUCUCAUGAUAAAAGCAAAAGGUCUUUUCUAGGAUAGGAUAUAUAAAAAGUUGAACGUUGAAUAAUAAUCUUUGGCCAACAAGAGUUCAUUCAUGAUAGGUGACCAAAUUAUUCAGUCAAGCCAAAAUUUAAUCACUCUCGGUUCUGAGACUUUGGUCAGUUAAUAAAUAGCCUAUGGACAUUAGCCAUUUUUCUGUCUAGUCUACAACUUGAUGUGUGGAGUGCAUUGUACUUACUGUUUUUUAUAGUCAUUUUAUCAUUUUGAAGUUUUUGCUCUCCAACACAUAAUCAUGCACUUGAAACUCUUUUUGUAUAUAAUCUUGAUCUCAAAAGGAGCUUCGUUUUUUUCAGGCAAAAUCAACUUUUAUGAUAUCUUUGAGUGCUUUUCUUUUAUAAACUGCAGAAUUGAUGCAUGCCCUUAGAUAUUUGGGAGUUACGUACAACCAAACCAGAAUCUGUGUCAAUUUUUGGAAUAAAUUUCUCUAAGGUGGUAUUUCAUAUAAUUCAUUAAUGAUCCUUGGAAUUUGGACUGUGUUCUGCCAAAUAUAAGCUGAAAAUAAAUAUUUGCAUUACAGUAUAAUUUGCCUAUAUCUAGCUCUUCUCCUUAAUUUGCCCAAUCACUUAAUUCUCAUAAAAUCACAGGUCACUGAAUUCUCUCCUAACUGUUCUUUUUCUCUCACUCAAGCAUUUCCUUCCACUCACCUAUCAGC